AUGUCAAACGCAGAUGCUCCGAGCAGGAAGUUUUCGUCGAGCAUAAUAGGAAUAGAUCUGGGAACAACCAACUCUUGUGUGUCUGUCAUUAAGGAUGGAAAGCCUGUGAUAAUAGAGAACCAGGAGGGAGAGCGCACAACGCCUUCUGUUGUCUCGAUACUCAAGGACGAGGUUGUUGUUGGGACUCAGGCAAGGAACAGGAUACUGAUGCAUCCAAGAAACACGAUUUUUGCGUCGAAGAGGCUAAUAGGAAGGAAGUUUGGGGACCCUGAGGUCGAGAAGUAUGUGAAGGGGUUGCCCUUUGACACGAUGUCCCACUGCAAUGGAGAUGUCUGGAUAAGGGUUGAUGGGAAGAAGUAUUCUCCUGCACAGAUCGGAGCAUUUGUGCUUUCGAAGCUCAAGAGCAGUGCAGAGGCGUUUUUGAGCCAUCCUGUUGCAAGAUCUGUUAUAACAGUUCCUGCAUAUUUCAAUGACAGCCAGCGGCAGGCAACAAAGGAUGCCGGAAGGAUAGCAGGGCUAGAUGUUGUCCGGGUCAUCAACGAGCCGACGGCUGCAGCGCUUGCAUACGGUCUUGACAAGUCGGCCAGGGGAAACAUUGCAGUCUACGACCUCGGAGGAGGGACCUUUGACAUCUCGAUUCUCGAGGUGGAGGACGGGGUGUUCCACGUGAAGGCAACCAAUGGAGACACGUUCCUUGGAGGGGAGGACCUGGAUAAUGAGGUUGUGAAGUUUAUUGUCGAAGACUUCAAGCAAAAGGAGGGAAUUGACUUGAGCAAUGACGUGGAUGCGCUAGGGAGGAUCAAGGAGGGUGCCGAGAAGAUAAAGAAAGAGCUGUCUGUAUCCUGUACUUCGAAGAUGGAGAUCCCGUACAUAUGCAAUUCCCAGGGAGGGCCGAAGCAUCUGUGCAGGGAGAUUACCAGGAGUGAGUUUGAGCAGAUUGCGAAGAAAAUUGUAGAGCGCACGAUUGCACCGUGCAAGAGGGCGCUUGCAGAUGCGGGACUGGACAGCUCUGACAUCAAGCAUGUGAUAUUGGUUGGGGGGAUGACACGAAUGCCAUAUGUCAGGAGAGUGGUUAAGGAGAUCUUCGGGAUUGAGCCCUCAACAGACAUCAACCCCGAUGAGGCAGUUGCAAAUGGUGCAGCACUCCAGGGUGGAGUUCUUAUGGGUGAGAUUGACGAUGUGCUUCUCCUUGAUGUUGCUCCGCUGAGCCUUGGGAUUGAGCUUCUUGGAGGAGUGUUUAGCAGAGUGAUAAGGAGAAACACAACCAUUCCGUUCAAGGAGACACAGGUGUUUUCCACGUCUGAAGACAACCAGACGGAGGUCGACAUCAAGGUGUACCAGGGAGAAAGGUCUAUGGUGGCGGACAACAAGUACCUGGGGCAGAUAAAGCUCAAGAGCAUCCCUCCUCUUCCUAGGGGUGUGCCUAGGAUUGAGGUGACGUUUGAGUCUGAUGCCAACGGGAUAUACAGGGUGACUGCCCAAGACAGCAUUACAAAGGAGCCGCAGUCCCUCGAGAUAAUACCGUCUAGCGGGCUAACGGAGGCGGAAGUAGAGAGAAUGGUAGAGGAAAGCGAGAGGCUCAGGCACCUUGACGAGAUGAAGAGAAGAAAGGCAGAACUCAUUGUUUCUUCUAGUGAGCUUCUCAGAAGGCCUCCUACCGAGCUGGAAAGGAUUCCCAAGAAUUAUCUGGACAGACUCGGGAAGGUGGUGAAGGGAGAGGACUUUGAUCUGAAGGAGAUGGAGGAAGUGCUGUUGAGUGCAAAGAAGAGCAUGUCUUGA